AAGGCAACAAAAUAGAAAAAGCGUUGGCUUGGGCUCGAGUUUUUCUGCUAUUCGCCAGACCAGCGAUCAUCAGUGGGGAUUGUGAGUUCAGGCUAGACGGACGUGAGUGCUUAGGAUCGGAUCGUGCGAGUCGAAAUCCGAGACGAACAUAUAGGAAGACGGAGAAAUUCCAGCGAGUUUCAUUUGCAUUUGUGCGGCUCGAUUAAUGCGCUCCAUCAAAAGUGAUCAAGUUGCGCAUGCCCAGUGCCAUUUGUGUGCCGUGCCACAGCCCUAAUCAGCCAUUCAAGCCGCGCAUGCGCAGUGAAUUUUAAAAAACCGAACCCAAACUCAUACCCAAACCCGAAUCGAAACUACCGCGCACGUGUGGCCCACGUUGAAUUGCCAAGGGCGUGAUAUAAGCCAAAAUACCCAUCAUCAUGACCGCUGCAGCGGGUCUCUUGCACAUGGAUCAUCCGCUUAGAGCCACCUUUCAAUUCUUCCUCGACUUGAUGGUGUUUGCCAUUAAGUCUGUAUAUUACGUACUCGAGUCGAUUUACUACAGUCUGCUGCCGCAGCGUUUUAGAAAGUUAAAGGACAUCUCUGGCCAGGUAGUGCUCAUCACAGGCGGAGGCGGCGGUGUUGGACGCUUGAUUGCCCUAAACUUUGCUCGACUUCAGGCCCGCAUUGUCAUCUGGGAUAUAAAUCAAGAAGCCAUUAAGACAGCUGUGGAUUUGCUGGCCAAACAUGGUUAUGACAACUGCAAGGGCUACGUUGUGGACAUCUCAGAUCGGGAGCAGAUCUACCAGCGGGCCAGUCAGGUCACCGAGGAGGUUGGUCCCGUGGAUAUACUGAUUAACAAUGCCGGAAUUGUGUGCUGCAAGCCCUUCUGGGAACUGCACGAUCGGGUCAUCCAGAACACAUACAACAUCAACAUCAUCUCGCACUACUGGACCGUGAAAGCGUUCCUGCCGCACAUGAUGCGUAAUAAUCGUGGUCAUAUCGUGACCGUGGGCUCGAUAACUGGAAUGCUGGGCACCUACGGAUGCAGUGAUUACGCGGCCACCAAGUACGCCUGUAUCGGUUUCCACGAGAGUUUGCUCACCGAUCUGAAAGCCCAUGGCUACGAUCAAGUCCAGAUGAGUUUGAUCUGCCCAUACUACAUCAAUACUGGCAUGUUUUCGGGUGUCCGUCCGCGGAUGAUGCCCAUGCUGGAACCGCAGUAUGUGGCCGAUCGCAUCGAAAACGCCGUUCGCUGCAACGAGGUGUGGUGCGUCCUGCCCAACUCUAUUCGACUGCUCACUCCUCUCAAAUGUCUUUUGCCCGCCAAAAUGUGCUGGGAGCUGAUGUCGCGUGUCAUCCGUGGACCCGAGUCUAUGAUGAUGUUCCAGGGACGAGGGCGCGUUGCCGCUGGUUAAACUCAGCUUAUGUUGUUCUUCAACCUAUAAUUUUACAAUAAACUUAAUUAUUUGAUUUAAUAAACUACUCUAAUAGUCUUACAUCUA